AUGUGUUGUCCGGAGGCCCAGACACUAGACCAGACUGUCAAGUGGCGGAGAAGCUGGAGGAAGAGGAGAGCAGAAGAGUGCUCCCUGCACAGCACGACUCAGAGGCUGCUGGGGACCUCGCCAAGAGCAGGGGUGGUGGGGGCAGAAGCCCAGGGGAGUGGACUGAAGAGUGAACAGGACACGGAGGCAGAAUGCAGAAGGAAGAGAGAUGGAGCAGCCUUUCCCAGCAGUGCUUUCUCCCCCGUGACGGCUAAGGACUCUUACUGCCAGCGGCUGGGCUCGGACAGGAGAAUGAAAGGUCUCCGCUGGCGUUACACUCGGCUGCCCAGUCGGGUGGAGGACGCUGUGUCUGUGGACGAGGGUGAGGAAGAGGAGACAGCCCCGGCCCCAUUCUCAGCUCCUGUUCCUGAAGAUCCUGUGGAGCCCCAGCUGGCAGAAGCCAGCCAGGUUCUAGGAACCUCGGAGAUGAGGCAGCUCAGCCUCCACCUCCCCCCAAGAGUCACCGGACAUUCCUGGAGCCUGGCCUUCUGUACGUCGAGAAAUGGCUUCAGCCUGCGGAGCCUUUACAGGCAGAUGGAAGGCCACAGUGGGCCAGUGCUGCUGGUGCUGAGGGACCAGGACGGGCAGAUGUUUGGGGCCUUCUCCUCCUCGGCUCUUCGACUCAGCAAAGGCUUCUAUGGUACUGGAGAGACAUUCCUCUUCUCCUUCUCCCCACAGCUGAAGGUCUUCAAGUGGACAGGAAGGAAUUCUUUCUUUGUGAAAGGAGACUUGGAUUCACUGAUGAUGGGCAGUGGCAGUGGCCAGUUUGGACUGUGGUUGGAUGGAGACUUGUAUCACGGCGGAAGCCACCCCUGUGCAACCUUCAACAAUGAGGUGUUGGCCCGGCGAGAGCAGUUCUGCAUCAAGGAACUGGAGGCCUGGGUCCUGAGCGGAUGCCCCCAUCGUGGGAAGCUUCCUGAAGCAACAAGUGCUCACACUUGCUCAUGAAUGCCAUCUAGACCCUCCUUAUAGAGGGCUGCCCAUUUUCUCUGAA